CGCGCGCUAGCUGAUACACGAGAACCGGAAAAACAGGAGUUGUCUGGUGAAAGGAUUAUGGCGUUGUGCCAAUUGCAAGCCAUCCUGCGAACCCAAGCUCCCCGAUGUCUUUGGAGGCACAUAUUACUGCUUAGAAAUCGAUCCUCUCAGGAGGAGCUGGCGUGCCUACGGUCCUGUUCAACCUCCAGAAGCUACACAUUUGCACAAGAAACAGUCAGACUGAGCACUACAAAAAGGAGACUACUGGGCAAUGCUGACUAUGCCAAAAUGUCGCAUCAGAUGACAAAAGCCUAUAGCACAAGCCAUUGUGAAGAUGCUGCCUCAUUGGAGAAGUUGAGUUGUGACUACGAAGAAGUUAAGGACUUACUGCAGAAAGGGAAAGCUUUCUUUGUUGACGUGAGAGAGCCAAAAGAACUUGUCAACGAUGGGCGCAUACCAGGUUGUGUCAACAUCCCAUUGAAUGAUGUUGGUUCUGCCUUGGAGCUGCCACCAGAGAAGUUCAAGGAAAAGUAUGGCCGUGACAAACCAUCUCAGGAUGAUCCUAACCUCAUUUUCUCAUGCCGGAAAGGUGUGCGUGCCACGAGUGCCAUGCAGACAGCUCAUGCCAGAGGAUACCAUGCUGCUCGGUUCUACAGAGGCAGCUUCUGUGACUGGGAGGAGCGUGGAGGAGAGGUGAUCAAGGGAUGAAUCCUACCAUUUGCUGCAAAGUGUGUUGCAGGACUUUUAAGCAAGACUGCUAGCUUACACUGAGUAGCACAACCACUUGCACAUUAAAGAUCUCCUGGUGGUCAAAAUUAAUCUGGAGUCCCCCACUACAGCUUGCCUCAUAAUCAAGUUGUGGUUUUGGCAUGUAAAACCCUAGAAUUCAUUCAGAUAUAUGGAGCACUCUGGCUUUUGUAUUACUGCCAAUGGACCUGUAGCAAAAUAAGUGCAGAUAGGGAAGCCAUAGUUUUUCAGUACUAGUAGUCAUUUAAUACACUGGCUUAUAUUUAAAAUGGAGGCACAGAGCCUUAGGCAAAUGAUAUGCCUUAAUUUUAUUGUUUCUGUUAGUCCAUGUGAAUCAAUCUGGAGGCCUUAGAUAUUGAAAUUUUUAAAGGUGCCUUGCCCAUGUAGUACAUAUGUGAUUCUUGGCAGUUCUUGUGCUCUCUAGUGUUGUUUAGUUUGUCAGAACAGUGUUGAUUGAGACAGGACAAUUUUUUUUUUGUAACUGUCUACUUUUGUAUCUUUAAGGCUUAGAAAUCUACAUGCAUCAAGAGCAUUUUCUGGUUUACGUAUUCUUGGCAUCUGUCACACAUAAAAUAGCAGACUAUUCAUACUGAGUUGUGCAGGCACACUACAAAAUAAAAUUUGUUAGUUGGUGUC